AAACUUAUUAGCUACCCUUUCAUUUUAGAUGAAGAAACAUAAAGAUCCCAACCAAAGCCAUUGCUAAAGUUUCACAGAAUUGACAACAAUCCCACCAAAAAAAGUAUCAAAAUCAGCGGACUCUCCCUCUGUUUUCCCAGUUCCCACGCCCACACAACAGUUCAUACACAAGUACCUAAUCAUGUGUGUACGGAUACAUACAUUCUAGAGAAAAAUAGAAAGAAAAAAAGGAAAUGUAUUUUUACUGUUAUUAAUUUGUAUUGAUUAUUGUGCGUUGGAAUUAGGUAUUGGAGUUAAUUACAGAAUUAAGAGAGAAGAAAUGGUGAUGGGAGUGAAGAGGAGGUGCCGGACUGUGUCGGUGCUGAGACAAGUGCUAACGUGCGCUAUAUGCAUCAUAGCCCUGGUGGCUCUGCUUUCCGUACAUGUUCAAGAUAUUACAAAGUUGCCUUCUGAUGCUUCUUACAAGCUCCCUACGCAAAAGGAUAUGGGUUACCAGAAACUGCGCAGAGAGCGAAGCUGGACGCAAGAAUAUUCCCCUCCCCAUUUGUCUGAAGAUCCUCCCAAUGCUCAUAAGUUGAAUGGUGCAAAUGGGAGUUUGGAUUCAGAGAAGUUGUGGAAACCACCUCCAAACAGAGACUAUGUACCUUGUGUUGCCCCAAGUUCAUCCUAUGCGUCUCCUCCAGAAUCUCGAGGUUACCUGCUGGUUGAUGCAAAUGGCGGCCUCAAUCAAAUGAGAGCUGGGAUCUGCGACAUGGUUGCUGUUGCUCGUAUCAUAAAUGCUACCCUUGUGAUUCCUGAACUUGAUAAACGCUCACUUUGGCAAGAUUCUAGCAACUUCUCCAAUGUCUUCGAUGAAGAUCACUUCAUUAGUUCUUUGGCUAAUGAUGUAAAGAUCAUCAGAAAGCUUCCAAUGGAAUUGACGACCGCAACUAGAGGAGUGAAACAUUUCAGAAGUUGGUCUGGUAUUGAUUACUAUCAGGAAGAGAUAGCAAGCUUGUGGGAAGAAUACCAGGUCAUUCGAGCAGCGAAGUCUGAUUCUCGGUUGGCAAACAAUAACCUACCUCCAGACAUUCAGAAGUUGCGGUGUCGUGCUUGUUAUGAAGCCCUCCAAUUCGCACCUCGAAUUGAAGCUAUGGGAAAGUUGUUGGUGGACCGGAUGAGGUCUUAUGGCCGUUAUAUUGCUUUGCAUUUACGGUUUGAAAAGGACAUGCUUGCCUUCAGUGGGUGCACUCAUAAUUUAUCUCUGGAAGAAGCUGAGGAACUAAAGUCAAUAAGAGAGAAUACCACAUGGUGGAAAGUGAAAGAUAUUGAUCCUGUAGAACAGAGAGCCAAAGGUUAUUGUCCACUUACACCAAAGGAGGUUGGGAUAUUCCUUGGGGCUCUUGGAUUUCCAUCAAGCACCCCCCUAUAUAUUGCAUCUGGAGAGAUAUAUGGGGGUGAAUCCCGUAUGGAUGAUCUGCAGUCGCGCUACCCGCUAUUAAUGAACAAGGAAAAGUUGGCAUCAGUGGAAGAGCUUCAGCCAUUUAUCAACCAUGCAUCCCAAAUGGCUGCACUUGACUAUAUUGUUUCUGUUGAAAGUGAUAUAUUCAUUCCUACAUACUCUGGGAACAUGGCAAGGGCAGUGGAAGGUCAUCGUCGUUUUAUGGGACAUAGAAAAACCAUUUUGCCUGAUAGGAAAGCCCUUGUCCGUCUUUUUGAUAAAGUUGAUAGGGGGACAAUGAAAGAAGGCAGAAAUCUCUCAAACCGAGUUAUUGAAAUCCAUAAACGAAGGCAAGGAUCGCCAAGGAAGAGAAAAGGCCCUAUUUCCGGCACAAAGGGAACGGAUAGGUUUCGUUCAGAAGAGGCAUUUUACGUGAAUCCUUUACCAGAUUGUUUAUGUCGGAAGGAAUCUCCAUUUAUGAACGCUUCUCUCGUUACCAACUAGAUCAAAACUUACACAGUGGCGGGUUGCUUGAGUAGCUGGCAUCAUCAUAAAUAGGUUCAUGGGUUGUGAAAUGUGCAUAGAUUUAAUUGGUGGAAACGGUUAAAGGUAUGGAGGUCCACAAGACGGGACAUCUGGUUUGUUUGGUACAGAUUUGAAGAAUACAGAAUAGAAUGUUCAUUUGAGCAGUAGCACUUUCCAUGUCUUGGAUAACCAGGUUUUCGAGCUCAACCAUCCCCUUGUUGAACAUUCACUUGAUGGAAUGAGAAAAGAUUCAAAUGCUGGCCAUGUAUAAGGGCAAAUUGCAGCUAGCUAGCUAUGUGUAGUUAGUGCCUAGAUGAAAUGUAGUUUAUUGUUCAUUUCUCACAUUAGGCCUACUAAACAUUGAAAACUGACUCGUGUCUUGGAUGUUAGUAAUAAGCAAUUUUUUUUUCCUCCAUUGUAACAUACAAUGGGGAUUUAA